AUUAUAUACCUGAUUCAAUUAAAUACCUAUGUGUUAGAUAUUUAAGAUCUAUUAUCAUCAAAAAAAAAAAAAAGAUUAUCGUCUAUUAAGAGAUUCUACUCUGACCUUCCUUGGGAGGAUUGCCUGUGAUGGUAAUAUAAUCCAGCCCUUGGGGUAGCCUUCCCUGAUCCUCAGCCUGUUCUGCACCUGUGGUGUGCCUUUUCUCAGAGGUAGGUAUGCAAAAAGCUGGAGAUGGGGGUGGAUGAGAAUUCAGUUAUUUCUUUCUCAUGUGAAUGGGAGGAGCACUUUAUUCCACUUUCUGAGAAACUCCAUUAAAAGCCACCAUUGCCCCUGGGCCACAGAGCAGGUUCAUUAGCAGGGAGUCAGCAUGGCUGCUAACUCCAAAUUUAUUGACUACAUUGAUGAAGCUUUGGAAAAAUCCAAAGAAACGGCACUAUCUCAUUUGUUUUUCACCUAUCAGGGGGUUCGUUCCAAUUGGAUUCUCCACAUUAUUAGUGAAUUAAUAUUUGCUGAUCCUAAAAAAAAGUAUGAAUAUCCAGAGUUCCCAGUUCUUGAAUGUGGGGACCCAGAAAAAUAUCAGUUACCAUCGCCAAGGAUUUUGGCAACUCACCUCCAUUACGACAAAUUACCCAGGUCCAUCUUCAAGAAUAAAGCCAAGAUAUUGGUGGUAUUUCAAAAUCCUAAAGACACAGCAGUAUCUUUUUUCCAUUUCCAUAAUGAUGUCCCUGAUAUUCCAAGCUAUGGCUCUUGGGAUGAAUUCUUCAGACAGUUCAUGAAAGGACAAGUUUCUUGGGGAAGUUUUGAUUUUGCAAUUAACUGGAACAAACAUCUUGAUGAUGAAAAUGUGAAGUUAAUAUUAUAUGAAGACCUGAAAGAGAAUCUGGCCGCUGGAAUAAAACAAAUUGCUAAGUUUUUUGGAUUCUCUCUAUCUGGGGAGCAGAUUCAAACUAUCUCAGCCCAGAGUACCUUCCAGGCAAUGCGAGCAAAGUCCCAGGAAACACACGGCGCCGUGGGCCCAUUCCUGUUCCGCAAAGGUGAAAUUGGUGACUGGAAAAACUUGUUCAGUGAAUCUCAGAACCAGGAAAUGGCUGAAAAAUUCAAAGAGUGCUUAGCAGACACUGCCCUGGGAACAAAGUUGAAGUACAAUUCAUAUUGCCAGGCUUGAUUCUAGUCAAUUCAGCCUUAUUUUCCUUAACAAUAAUCAAAUUUAAAUAAUCAAAUGACAAUUUAAUCAUAUAAUGAUCAUUAAAUAAAGUUUAGAUAUAAAUGAGACAAACUUAGUAAUAAUGAGAACAUCUGAAAUUUCUGAGGACAAACUUAAGUUUUGUUCCAUUUUGGAGAAAAGGGUAGUUUUGCUGCCCAAAAAGGAUACUAUUGCUAAUGCAGUAUCCUGGGGUUUUAACUUCUUUCAUGCUCUGAGUUCACACAAGAGCGUAAGUCGACACUAUCAGAGACAUACCUACAUCUGUGUUUAAGCAUAGAUGAGACCGGCCUCCAACUGAUCACAAUGCUUUGUCCUCUCAUAAUUAUUAUUCUCUUUUUCACUGUGGAUCAGAGCACUUGUGGUGCCUAAUUCAAACUUACUCUCGGGGAAAUUUAAUUCCAAUUCUUCACUGAAGUAAAAUGAAUAA